AUGGCUUCUACACCCGGCCCCAACCCCGCCCACCGCUCCGUGGCUAGUAUCCGGGCUGGCGGUGCAGCAGGUGUCGGAAGCCGCACUACCACGGCCCCGGAUCCGACUUCACCAACAGGUAGUCCACACACCCCUCUCCGUGGAAUCUCGUCGACUUUUGCAUCGCCGUCUAGUCUGCGUGCCGAGGAGGACACCAUCGUGGUAGAGCUUGGCGCCCGGCGAAUGCGCGUAGGCUUUGCCGGUGAUGCCUUGUGUAAAGGGACCGUCGAAUUUGGACCCGAUCAGAUGCGCCGCGUCGGUGACUUCCGCGCCUGGGAGAGCUUCUACGUGGACGACUGGAGGAAGAGGGAGGAUCCGGGACAGCAGCAGGAUUGGGGUGCGGACCGCGAACUAUGGCGUCUUGAUCUUCGUGGACUGGACCUGGGCCUCGUUGCCGACAAGCUCGAGCGCGGCUUGAGGGACGCUUUUGCCAAAUACCUCCUCAUCGACUCGAGACCACGGAAGAUGGCACUCGUCCUUCAAACGUCAAUGCCCAUACCAUUGUUGUCAACAGUGCUCGACACGCUCUUCACUCGCUUUCAAUCCCCUCAAAUUUUCUUUUUUUCUCCCCCAGUCAUGACCACAGCUGCCGCAGGGUUGCGCUCGGGUCUGGUUAUAGACCUUGGCUGGGCCGAGACCGUCGUCACAAGCGUGUACCAGUAUCGUGAGGUUCAAUGUACUCGCUCAGUCCGCGCUGGCCGCGCCCUCGUCGAGCAGACUCAUCGCCUGCUUGCUGACGAGAUAACAAACCCAGGACAUGGCAGGUCACGAUCGACAGAUGGGGGAUCAGGUGGCGGCAGCCCGCCGAGGCGACUGAUAAGCUUCUCCGAAUGCGAGGACAUCGUGUCACGCGUCAUAUGGUGUAGGCCCGCAGGAGGCUCGGCACGUCACAAGCCGUCCGACUCGACCGAUGGCCUACCGACGGUCGCAGAGGAGCAGGAAGACGAGCCGCCGCAAAAUCAGGUAGACAGCACCCCUAUCAACAUCCGGCUGAUCUCUACCAGCCCACCCACAACGGUCACCAUCCCUUUCGACCGCCUCUCAGAGCCCUGCGAGGACACCUUCUUCGAGACACAGUACUCACGCGCCAGCUUCGACGACCACGAACAGCCCAUACACCUCCUGGUCUACAAACAUCUUCUCAGCCUCCCCAUGGAUGUCCGCUCCAUCUGCAUGUCCCGAAUCAUCUUCACUGGCGGCUGUUCUGCCGUCCUAGGUCUCCGAGGCCGCAUCUUCGACGAGCUCACCAUGCUUGUCCGCAAGCGCGGCUGGGACCCAAUCUGGGGCAGGGGUGUCGAGCAGUACCGCACCAACUCCAGACUCAAGAGGAGCAACGGCGGCGGGGGCGACCAAUCGACAACGGUUGCCGACAAGCCCGGUAUUGGCAGCAACGGUGCCGCCAACGCCAAGCCGGCCCCGGACCCCGUCGAGGCCCAGAUCAAGCGCUCGUCCAACAUCGACGCAAAAAAGAUGCGCGACGCCGAUGCCGCCUCGACGCACGGCGAGUUGCGCGCUGUCGAGUCCCUCGGCCCCUGGGCAGGCGCCAGCCUCCUGGCCCACCUCAAGCCGCCUGUCAUCGCCUCUGUUGAGCGCGACCAAUGGCUGGCCCAGGGCGUCUCGGGAGCGGUCAAGGCGGCCGACGUUGACGUCAAGGCCACCGGUCAGCAGAGGCAGAGCAUGGCGGCCGGCGGGCUCAUGGCCAUGAGGUCCGCAUCUGGUACAGGGGGACCGGCUGCCGCGAACUGGACGCUGGGGGCUUGGGGCAACCUCAGUCUUUGA